AGGGAAGCGGCGGCCGGGACGCCGCUAAAAUGGAGGCGCGGAGCCCUCCGGGGGUGUAGGGGCUCCUUCCCCUCCCCAGCCCCCUGCCCGGAGCCCAUGGAGCGGCUGUAGGGUCGGUGCUUGAACAGCUCCUCACUGCCAGGAUGAGCUUCCCAAAUUCCAGCAGGAUCCCCCUGGGCCAAGCCAAUCAGGUGCUUCCCACGCUGCCCCUGCUGAGGAUCCUGCGGGCUGGGGGGGCCCAGGGCGACUCCUUCACACUCAAAGAGGUGAUGCAUUUCCUGGGCCAGUACAUCAUGGCCAGGCAGCUCUACGACAAGAGGCAGCAGCACCUGGUGCACUGUGGGGGAGACCAGCUGGGAGAGCUGCUGGGACUGCAGAGCUUCUCUGUCAAGGACCCCAGCCCCGUGUACGAGAUGCUGAAGAGGAACCUGAGCCCUGCUGCCCUCCCAGAUGCUGCACAGACUCUCCCAAAGGAGCAGAGCGUCGCUAAGCCCAGCCCAGACCAGCUGCAGCUCAGCCAGGAGGAAGGAUCUGACUCUGGGAUCCUGGAGGGUGACAGCAGAACCUCAGCUCCUGCUACCUCAGAGCCCAGAUGUGACACUUGUGAAGACAGUGAUUUGAUAGAAAACCUCUCCAAAAGCAAAAAGCCCAAGCUGGACCUGGUUUUUGAGGAGUGGGAUGUGGCUGGGCUGCCAUGGUGGUUUUUAGGGAAUCUCAGAAGCAAUUACAAAUCCAGGAGUAAUGGAUCCACGGAUAUUCAGACUAACCAGGACAUUGACACUGCCAUAGUUUCAGACACCACUGAUGACCUGUGGUUCCUCAAUGAGUGUCCCCUGGACCAGGGCACUGCUGGGCUCAAGGUGGAAGUGUUGGACUGUGAGGAGGUCACAGAAGGUGACACCAAGGUGCCUGAGGAUGUGUGCUUGGAUGAGCUGGAGGAUUCCCAGUGCCUGAGUGAUGACACGGACACAGAGGCUGCUUCUGAGGAUUGCUGGCAAUGCUCCAAGUGCAGGAAAUUCAACUCCCCGGGGAAAAGGUACUGCUUCCGCUGCUGGGCCCUGCGCAAGGACUGGUACAGGGACUGCCCCAAACUGCCCCAUUCCCUGUCCCUUUCCAACAUCAAUUCCAUGGAAAGCCAGGAGCAGGAUGAAGGGAUGGACGUCCCAGACUGCAGGAGGACGAUCUCAGCCCCGGCUGGCCAACCCAAACACGUUUUCCUGGGAGAAAACAAACCCCACGUGGAUCCGGGCGGCUCCAUCGAGCGCUUGGAUUUGGCACAGGAGGGGAAAAACCGGGAUUUUGCCAAGCUGAAGAAAGAGGAGGAGGUGGAAUCUUUGGAGAGCAUCAAAACCCUGCUGAAUCCCUGCUUCCUGUGCCAGCACAGGCCUCGGGAUGGGAAUAUUGUCCACGGAAGGACUGCUCACCUGGUGGCCUGCUUCAGGUGUGCCAGGAUGCUGAAGAAGAAGAGAUCGCCGUGUCCCGUGUGCAGGAAGGAGAUCAAGAUGGUCAUCAGGAUCUUCAUGGGGUAGGGAGGAUUUCUGCCCCUAAAGGAACCCCAAAAUCUGGAAUUUUUGCACUCAAAUCCCAGUUUUAGUGUGUGCAGAAAGGAGAUCGCGAUGGUCAUCAGGAUCUUCAUAAAAUAACCCCAAAAUCUGGAUUUUUGCACUCAAACCUCUAUUACGGCAUGUGCAGGAAGGAGAUCACGAUGGUCAUCAAGAUCUUCAUAACCCCAAAAUCUGGAUUUUUGCAUUCAAAUCCCAAUUUCAGUGUGUGCAGAAAGGAGAUCAUGAUGGUCAUCAUGAUCUUCAUAAAAUAACCCCAAAAUCUGGAUUUUUGCACUCAAAUCCCAGUUUCAGUGUGUGCAGAAAGGAGAUCAGGAUGGCCAUUGGGAUCUUCAUGGCCUAGCAGGACCUUCUAGUAUUAAAAUAACCCCAAAAGUAGGUUUUUUUUGCACAAAAACCCCAAUUCCGGAGUUUGGUCUGCAGGAUCAAGAUGGCCAUCAGGAUCUUUACGGGAUAGCAGGACUUUGUGCACCUAAAAUAACCCCAAAAUGAAGAUUUUUGCACUCAAACCCCGAUUCCAGAGCUCAGCCAGUGAAACCAAAGAGUACCAAGAUUUAAUCCCACCAAGAAUCCUCUUCAGGAUCCACUUUUCCAUGGAAUUCACCUCGAGAUCAAAACCCCAGCUUGGAAAUUUUCCCAAUUUCCCAUUGGGAUUCUUUCUCCCGACCAAGAACAGCAGAUUUGGGAAAAAGUGAAACCUUUGGAAUGUUUUAUUUCCCCAUAAAUCCCGACUUGUGCAAUUCCUUUGGAACUGAGAGUUAAAAACAGAAAUAAAUAUUUAUGGUGGGUGGCCAGGGGAUUUGUUUUGGAGAGAAGAAGAAGAACUUUAUUCCUAAUUUUUUUAUUAAGGUCGGCAGGGUGAAGAAUUCCUUGCUUGCAGACGGGAAAUAAAUCUAUGUUUAUAAUCCACACCUCUCAGGUCACAAAUGAGAUGUAAUAAUAAUAAUAAUAAUAAUAAUAAU